AUGGCAGGCGGUGCUGGCCCGGCUGGUCGUGGACGCGGCGGCAAGUUCAAGAAGUACACUCGUGGAGGUGGUCACCAUUUCUCCCGCGAUCUUCGCCCUCUCGACGCUGAUGGUAACGAAAUCGGCAUGUGGGGCGCCGGCGCCAAGAAGAACGACUCCGAGUCCGAGGAGGAGUCUUCGGAGGAGGAGUCUUCGGAGGACGAGGCUGGUCCCUCCGGCAGCAAGGCCCCCAAGGCCGAGCUGACCCGUGAGGAGCUCAAGGCGCAAAAGAAGGCUCGCAAGGAAGCCGCCAUCGCCCGCGCCAAGGCUGCCGCCGUGCAGGUCGGCGACUUGCCCCCCAGCGAUUCCGAGGAGGAGAGCGAAGAUGAUGCGCCCAUGCCCGCCAACCCCAACCACUCCAAGGCUGCGCGCAAGCAGACCCAGAAGCCCGCCGCCCCCAAGGCUGCGGCGGAAUCGGAUGACGAGCCUACCGCCGGUGUUAAGAAGCUCAGCAUAGCGGACUCGGCUCCGGGCAACAGGAAGGAGCGCGAGGCGGCUGCGGCGGCGGCGGCGAAGGAGAGGUAUCAGAAGCUGCAUGAGGCCGGUAAGACGGAUCAGGCCAAGGCCGAUCUCGCCAGGUUGAAGCUCAUUCGUGAGAAGAGAGAACAGGAGGCUGCUAGGAAGCAGGCCGAGAAGGAAGAGCGCGAAGCCCAGGAGAAGCUCAAGAGGGAACAAUUCGAGGCUAAGGAGGCCAAGAGGCGCGAGGCCGCCCUUGGUCCCCAGAAGAAGGCUAAGAGCAGCAAGAAAUAA